AUUCCAGAGAACAGAAGCUGUUGGCGGGUUGGGUUUUCAUUUGCUCAAACAAAAAUAUAUAAGAAAGAAAGUAAUGUUAGCCUCCUUAACCCUAUUUCUAGCGCCGGUUUCUCCUUCCCCAUUUCUCUCCGUCAAUCGCCUCUCUCACAUUCACUCCUCUCCUCUCCCCGCCGCCGACUUGUUGAGGGCGACAUCUAGGAGGCUCGUUUUGGCAACAAAGAUACACUCGGCCUCGACAAUGGCAGCUGAGGAGCCAAAUCUGAAGCGAAAGCUGGCAAAGUUGUUCGAAGCUUCGCUUAAGGCAACGGUGCCUAAUGUGCCGGAUGUAGAGCCGUUGGUUGCUGCUUGCACUGCAAAAUUUGGUGAUUAUCAAUGUAAUAAUGCGAUGGGCCUAUGGGCUCAAAUAAAAGGAAAGGAAACUGAAUUUAGGGGCCCCCCAUCUAUUGGACAGGCCAUCAUGCGAAAUCUCCCUCAAUCAGAAAUGUUAGAAUCAUGUUCUGUAGCUGGCCCAGGAUUUGUGAAUGUCAAAUUAUCUAAUAGCUGGAUAGCUAAGAGUGUUCAAAAAAUGCUAAUUGAGGGUAUUGAUACGUGGGCGCCACAGCUUCCAAUCAAAAGGGCCGUUGUCGAUUUUUCUUCUCCUAAUAUAGCAAAAGAAAUGCAUGUAGGCCAUUUAAGGUCUACUAUUAUUGGGGACACGCUAGCCCGUAUGCUCGAGUUUUCACAUGUUGAAGUCCUUCGGAGAAACCAUGUUGGUGAUUGGGGGACUCAGUUUGGUAUGUUGAUUGAGUUCCUCUUUGAGACGGUUCCAAACUGGGAAGAUGGUAAGGAAAUUGCUAUUGGAGAUCUGCAGGCAUUCUAUAAGGCAUCAAGGGAGAGAUUUAAGAAUGAUCCCGAUUUUAAGGAGAGGGCACAAAAGGCAGUGGUUCGGCUUCAGGGUGGGGAACCAAAUUACCAUAGGGCAUGGGUGCAGAUUUGCGAAAUCAGUCGGAAGGAGUUUCAAAGGAUUUAUAGACGGCUUGGAGUUCAUUUAGAGGAAAAGGGGGAAAGCUUCUACAAUCCUUAUAUACCUGAGGUUUUGAAGGAAUUGACUGGUAAAAAUUUAAUUGAAGACAGUGAGGGUGCCCGUGUGAUCUUUAUGGAAGGGUUUAAUAUACCUCUUAUGGUUGUGAAGAGUGAUGGUGGUUACAAUUAUGCUUCAACUGAUCUAGCAGCUCUUUGGUAUCGCCUUAAUGAAGAGAAAGCUGAGUGGAUUAUAUAUGUUACUGAUGUUGGGCAGCAGCAACACUUUCAUAUGGUGUUUAAGGCUGCCAAUCGUGCAGGUUGGCUGCCAGAUGAUGACAAAUCGUACCCUAAAGCUAGCCAUGUGGGUUUUGGUCUUGUUCUUGGAGAAGAUGGGAAGCGCUUCCGAACUCGUGACACUGAAGUCGUUCCGUUAGUUGAUUUACUUGAUGAAGCCAAGAGUCGCAGUAAAGCAGCCCUUAUCGAACGUGGUAAGAAUGUAGAAUGGACCGAAGAGGAGCUCGUGCAAACUGCCGAGGCAGUUGGUUAUGGUGCUGUUAAGUAUGCCGAUUUGAAGAACAACAGAACGACCAAUUACACGUUUAGUUUUGAUCAGAUGCUAAAUGAUAAGGGAAAUACUGCUGUAUAUUUGCUGUAUGCUCAUGCUCGAAUCUGUUCAAUUAUAAGGAAAUCUGGUAAAGACAUAGAGGGGUUGAAAAAUACUGGGGAAAUAGUGUUGGCUCAUGCGGAUGAACGUGCAUUGGGGCUUCAUCUGCUGCAGUUUUCUGAGAUUGUUGAGGAGGCCUGCACCAAUCUGUUGCCAAAUGUGUUGUGUGAAUACCUCUACCAUUUGUCAGAAUGCUUUACAAAAUUCUAUUCCAAUUGUCAGGUGGUUGGGUCGGCUGAGGAAACAAGCAGACUCUUGCUAUGCGAAGCUACUGCAAUUGUGAUGAGGAAAUGCUUUUAUCUCCUUGGGAUCGUUCCUGUUUUCAAGAUAUGAUACUCUAUAGUCUAUACAAUAGAAAGGGUUCAAAAUACAUUUAAUUUACGCCAUUUGCUGUGUAGGCCGUACAGAUUGCAUAUGGUUGCGAGUUUUGGUGAAACAAUUCGGCCAUGCAGUGUAGUGGUUGGAUUCUAGUUCCGAAAUACUCUUUUAAGUUAUGUGAAUGGAGGAGCGGUAGUGUUUAUUUUUA